CUGAACCAUACCCAAAAACUCUUGUUGUACUGUCAAAAGGAACAUACCACAGAUGACGAGAGUUCGUUGACAGCACUCUACUGUACGAGCCCCAACUACUGUAUACGUUCUCAUCCAGAACGGUGAACACGGCCGGUACCGGAGGAGGAGGAGAUCACAGGCUCACGGCCGUGGGUUAGCAGUGGGGAAUCUGCCGCUCAAGUGAAUCUGCGACCGCGAUUUGCGAAAGCUGACAUCGACCGCUGCCGUUGGACGAUCGUCGUCAGAUAGACACCGUUUGUCCAACGAACGCUCCGACGUGCAAGCAAGCGGAAGCUGUUAGCGGCCGCUGCCAUGCCGUAGGAUGCUUCUUGCGGCCCGUAGGAUGCAAGAAUCUCUCCCUGCCACCAUCAACCGUCGCUCUCAUGCCUCCCCCUCGAUGCGUAUCUCUCGCGUCUUCCCCGAUGAUGAUGAUCCGUCCACGGGCUCGCGCACGAACGGAAGCAAACAACGAUAAUUCCAUCUCUCGUUCGCUCGCCUAGUCGCCUCCCGGCUCUCGGAGUGAGUGGCUGACGGCUGACCUGUGAUUUGGGCUUGCUUAGCGUGCAAUUCUCGGCUAAUCUUGGCGAUUAUCCGCCUCUCUGAUUGCCCUUGUUGCCGUCGCUUGGUAGUUAAUCCUGCCGCCGACGCCGUGGUGUCCGGUCAUAAUUAAAGCGGUGGGGAUUCUUGUAAAUUCCCCUUCUUCCCCUAUGCGCUGUCGCCGCGGUGGUAGUCGAGUGGGGACUAAAGAGUGAGCGAGAUUUCUCGGCGAGGCGAGAGGAGAGAUGGCGCUGGCGGCGUUUGGGGUGGUGGCGGUGCUUCUGGCCACCGCCGUCCUCCGUGGCGCGGAGGCGAAGGUCUGCACCAACACGUUCCCGGCGUCGGGGUCGGCGUCGCACACGGAGCGUGCGGCGGCGCAGCUGCGGGCAGCGGAGUCGGAGGACGCCGCGCUGCGGCUGCCAGGGCUCGUUGACCAUGGCCACGGACACGAGCAGCACCUCAUCCCUACCGACGAGUCCGCCUGGAUGGCGCUCAUGCCGCGGAGGCUCCUAGCCGGCGGAGCCGGCGGCAACGGGGCCCCGCCGCGCGAGGCGUUCGACUGGCUGAUGCUCUACCGCAAGCUCCGCGGCGGAGGCGACGGGGCCAUUGACGGCCCGGCGGCGGCGGCGGCGGGGCCGUUCCUCUCGGAGGCGUCGCUGCACGACGUGCGGCUGCAGCCGGGCACCGUGUACUGGCAGGCCCAGCAGACCAACCUGGAGUACCUGCUCCUCCUGGACGCCGACCGCCUAGUCUGGAGCUUCCGGACCCAGGCCGGCCUGCCGGCCACAGGGACGCCCUACGGCGGAUGGGAGGGCCCCUCCGUCGAGCUCCGAGGACACUUUGUCGGGCACUACCUGACUGCCGCCGCCAAGAUGUGGGCGAGCACUCACAAUGACACCCUCCGCACCAAGAUGUCGUCGGUCAUUGACACGCUCUAUGACUGCCAGAAGAAGAUGGGCAUGGGGUACCUGUCGGCCUUCCCGACCGAGUUCUUUGACCGCGCCGAGGCCCUCACCACUGUUUGGGCUCCUUACUACACAAUCCACAAGAUUAUGCAAGGGCUUCUUGAUCAGUAUACAGUGGCUGGAAGCUCCAAGGCCCUUGAGAUGGUUGUGGGGAUGGCUGAUUACUUCAGUGGCCGUGUGAAGAAUGUCAUACAGAAAUACAGCAUCGAGAGGCACUGGGCAUCGCUGAAUGAGGAGACUGGGGGCAUGAAUGAUGUGCUAUACCAACUCUACGCGAUAACGAAUGAUUUGAAGCACCUGACACUGGCUCACCUCUUUGACAAACCAUGCUUUCUUGGCUUGCUUGCAGUUCAGGCUGACAGUAUUUCUGGCUUCCAUUCUAAUACGCACAUUCCAGUUGUCAUUGGUGCACAAAUGAGAUAUGAAGUUACUGGUGAUGUUCUUUACAAGCAAAUUGCGUCAUCCUUUAUGGACAUGAUAAAUUCUUCUCAUAGCUAUGCAACUGGUGGGACAUCUGCAGGCGAAUUCUGGUAUGAUCCAAAACGUUUAGCUGCGACUCUGAGUACCGAGAACGAGGAAUCUUGCACUACCUACAACAUGCUCAAGGUUUCCCGCAACCUUUUCAGAUGGACAAAGGAAAUAUCAUAUGCGGACUAUUAUGAAAGGGCACUGAUAAAUGGUGUGUUAAGCAUCCAGAGAGGGACGGAUCCGGGUGUGAUGAUUUACAUGCUACCACAGGCUCCUGGACGAUCUAAAGCAGUGGGCUAUCAUGGUUGGGGAACACUGUAUGAUUCAUUCUGGUGUUGUUAUGGGACAGGUAUAGAAUCAUUUUCGAAACUUGGCGACUCCAUUUACUUUGAGGAGAAAGGACAUGCGCCAGCACUCAACAUCAUUCAGUACAUACCAAGCACUUUUAACUGGAAAACAGCUGGGCUUACCGUUACUCAACAACUUGAAUCCCUUAGCUCUUCGGACCCGUAUCUUCGAGUUUCACUCUCUGUCUCUGCAAAGCUUUCUUAUUUCUAUUGGAUAAAGGGUCAAUCUGCAACAUUGAAUGUAAGAAUACCAACAUGGACAUCUGCCAAUGGGACAAAAGCAACUUUAACUGGCAAAGAUUUGGGAUUAGUAACUCCAGGAACUUUGCUCUCAAUAAGCAAACAAUGGAACUCAGAUGAACACUUGUCACUGCAAUUCCCCAUCUCCCUAAGGACGGAAGCAAUAAAAGAUGAUCGACCGCAGUAUGCAUCUCUUCAAGCAAUUCUAUUUGGUCCGUUUGUUCUUGCGGGUCUCUCCUCUGGUGAUUGGGAUGCGAAAGCGAGCAGUGCAGUUUCAGACUGGAUCACUGCAGUACCUUCAUCGUACAACUCACAACUGAUGACCUUCACGCAAGAAUCAAAUGGAAAGACAUUUGUUCUGUCAAGCUCAAAUGGCUCUCUGACAAUGCAAGAACGACCUUCAAUUGACGGCACCGACACUGCUGUCCAUGCGACAUUUAGAGUACACUCUCAGGACUCUACAAGCCAGCAGGGCACGUACAACGCAGCCCUGAAAGGCACCCCUGUGCAGAUUGAACCAUUCGACCUGCCAGGAACGGUGAUCACCAACAACCUUACCUUCUCUGCGCAGAAGAGCUCAGCUUCCUUCUUCGACAUAGUACCUGGGCUCGAUGGGAAGCCGAACUCAGUUUCACUCGAGCUCGGGACAAAAUCGGGAUGCUUCAUGGUGUCUGGAGCAGAUUACUCUGCUGGGACAAAAAUUCAGGUCAGCUGCAAGAGUUCUCUUCAGAGCAUCGGCGGGAUAUUUGAGCAGGCGGCAAGCUUUGUGCAGGCCACUCCACUUCGGCAGUACCAUCCGAUCAGCUUUGUCGCGAAGGGGGUGAGGAGGAACUUCCUCUUGGAGCCAUUGUACAGCUUGAGGGACGAAUUCUACACGGUUUACUUCAACCUUGUGGCCUGAGCCUGCAAGAUUACUUACUAGAAACUGUCAAGAAUGAGACACGACCUCUUUCUUCUCGUGUGUGUAUAUAUAAUGUAGUUUAGAACAACACCAUAAGAGGAACUGAGUUGUUUCUGCUGAAAUAAUAAUCUUAUAUGAGAUUACAGUUGAGUGCAAUACUGGGAAUUUCUUCA